AUUAUACCAGAACAGCUCUUUCUCCUGAGCAAAUUAAUUCUUAUUAAAAAGACAUAAACACCCCCUCCAAACCUGUAAACUUCUCUUUUCAUGAUUUCAGUUCCAAUUGAAUUGACACUAAUACCUCUCCGAUCCUCUAUUGUCUGGACCGAACCAGCCACUACUAUCUUUUCUUUUCCCGUUUCUUCAGUCUGGUUUUCACUUCUGUCCACGCCAAUUUUAUUGUAUUUGAUCGGAGGUGCGCUCGGUGCAUCAACAGACCUUCUGUCUUUGGCCGAGGGCUUAUGUGAUGUGGUGAUGAUUGAGACGAACAAUCAGGAACAUAAAUGAAGGAGCAUUUGCUGGCCACUCGGUUUGUUUGAUCGAAACUGCUGCUCCUGCUCAUUUGGACCCAAUCCCAGAGUAUUCUUCGGAUGAUGAGAUUGCAGCAGUGGAGUAUGAAGAUGAUCACUAUCACUAUGAUGAAGACUGUGGCUCUUAUUUAAUAUAACAAGCAGAUUUUCAUAUUAUAUAUAUAAGUAACAAAUGUCGAAGUAUUAUAACUCUACUAGGCAUGUAUGACCACCCUUUUUGGUUCUAAAGGCUAUGGAAGCAUCUUCAUAGCAAGGGUCUAAGGAAUGCACUUUUUGAUGUAAAUAAUGAAAACGUUUAAUGGUAAUAUUUGCAGUUUCCACUGGGUGCUAUAGAUUUAGAAUUGAACCCAUACAUAUUGUCAAAUUAAUGAUGUCAGAUAAAGAUUGGACUGGCAAGGAAAGAAUAACGUUACUGCACGCUUGGGUCAGUGAAAAUUUAUACGAUGUUGCAUUACAAUUACUGGAAGUGGAACAUCACAAGAAAGAAUUGGCUCUGACAACUGACAAGAAUGCACUCCUUGUUUUGGCUAAAAAUCCCCCUGUAUUUGCUGGAACAGCGCAGUCUGUAUUUUGGAGACUACUUAAUACAGUUUCUGAUUUUCAUGGAGACCCGAGCUGUGUAGGGAAAGCUGUAAAAUCUGGAUUCAAAGUCUUAGCUCAUAAUAUUGAAACAGUUGAAGAGCAACAAAGUACGGUCCGAGACCACCAUGCCAAUUUUAAGCAAUUUAUUGAUGUCCUAAUGAAAGACAAAGAAAUGCUCCUGCUGGGACUCUGACUAAAACAUCAGCGAUGCUGGGAUGUGGCGAAACACCAGAACAAGUAGUGAGAACCAUGGAGAAGGUGGGGGAAGCAGACGUUGAUGUGAUUACGUUUGAAAACUUGAAAUUGUAAUGGAGGUAGGUGAAUAAAUACCGUCUGGCUACAGGUUGUUGCCUCUCUGAACACAUACAUGUGUAUUAUUUAAGAAUGUGUGUUCACUCUUCUACUGUUAUUUUAUUUCCCUUUUUUUACUUUUAAGUGAUCAUGCUUUGUUAGUAA